GUCGCGCUACCAGAGAGAGAGAGGGAGAGAGAGAGAGAGGGACGAGCAGGGAGGAGGAGGACGGAGACAUUUUCCACCAUGCCUGUCAAAACGGAGAUGGCUUCCCUGGACCCGCCGCCCCCAGCAAAUUCAGGGCAGCCAGGAGUGACGCGCAGCCUGCUCUACAACGGCUCCAGGUUCCAGGGCCACCAAAAAUCCAAGGGGCAAUCCUACGACGUGGAGGUGGUGUUACAGCACGUGGAUGAGGCUAAUUCGUACCUGUGUGGUUACCUUAAGAUUAAGGGCUUGACGGAAGAAUACCCAACCUUAACGACUUUCUUCGACGGUGAAAUUAUUAGCGAAAAAUAUCCGUUCCUCACCAGAAAGUGGGAUGCGGACGAGGAGGUUGACAAAAAGCAUUGGGGUAAGUUUCCUCCCUUCUACCAGUACACCAAAACGUUCAACUCGGACACAUUUGACUACUCACUCCUGAAGGACUCGGAGCACGUGUUCAUGCGGUGGAAAGAGCACUUCCUUGUCCCGGACCACACCGUCAAGGACAUCAACGGGGCAUCCUUCGCUGGCUUCUACUAUAUUUGCUUUCAGAAGAGUGCGGCAACUAUUGACGGCUACUACUACCACAGGACCUCAGAAUGGUACCAGUCCCUCAACCUGACUCACGUCCCCGAGCACAGUGUUCAAAUCUACGAGUUCAGAUAAGUGGCUCCGAGGAACAGCGUGGCACUUGUGGAGACUUGUUUCAUAUAUGAGUCGUUUUAUUUGUUCCUCUAGAAAAAAGUGUCAUUGUUGUCUUAGCUGGGCAGUCUUUCUCCCAGUGGUGAGGCCUCUGUGAUGUGACUGUGGUAUGUGGCUACACGGUGUGGUCAGGCGGGAGUGCCUAGUGUAUCUUUAUUUAAGACAGUGUUUUUUUUUCAGUGCUUUAGCUGUAUCUUGGAAUUUUAUUUUGAUGGAAAGUGACUUAAUAUAUCUGCAUUUAUUCACAAAAAAGGUUGCCUUUGAUAUAUUGAUAAAGAUAUUGUUUAGUAAUUUAAGAAUCUACUAUUCUGCGUUGACUAAAUUUCAUGACCAAAGAAAUGACCUCUUUCCUGAUGGAGCAGUAGUUGCUGUGUGUCAAUCAGUGGAGGAGUUGACUGACGUGACCUGUGCUUGUAUUGCAGGCUGUUGAGGCCUCAGCCCUGAUUGAUUCACUAAAAAGGACAGGACUUAAAAAAAACAAAAAAACAUUCAGCCGCUAGUUGUGUGUGGAUGGUUGCCGUUUUAUUUUUUCAGUUAUGGAAUGACGUUCUAAUAAGUAAUUAGCUGUAAGACUGGUCAUAUAUAUAUAUAUAUAUAUCUGAGAGACUCGGUAAUAUGCAGUCAUAAAAUAAGUACUAUCAUCGGCACACCCUCCUGUUGGUGCCCAGUGACGUGGACAAUGAGAAGCAGUUCAGCGUUACAGGACAGUGUGGGCAGUGACACAUAGGUGACCAGGACAGUGACUCUGGAACCCUCUGGGCCAGUGAGGGAUUAGUGCCACCUCCAAGUGUCAAUGCCACCUGUGAAGGGCAGGUGGAGGGGAGCAGUGCCAUCCCCAGGGGUCAGGGUUACCUGUGUAGGCCAGGUGAAGGGGGGGAGGGAGGGCAACAUAACCUUUGCAGGACAAGGUGUACUGAAGGGAGAGCCUGAAAUGGAUGUAUUUUUUUCCAGUGUUUUGCCUAAUUGCUGACUAUAGAGUUAUUUACAGUAUAUUUUAUAGAAACUGAGCUGCAUUGUAUUUUGUAUAAAAACCCUCUUUGCUAAUUGUAUGUUGUGUGAGACAAGUCAAGGUGGAAAUUCUGCAGUUUGAUUUGCUUUGUGUAGAAAAAAAGACCUCGAGUCAGUUUGUAAAAGAUUUAUUUGAAGUUCAUCUAAACUAGUGGUGACUGCUUGUGAUGGCUGUUAAAUAAUACUUGAUCUUAUUACUUUCCUCUAGGUAGUUUAGAAGUACCAGUUAACACUUAAUUUGUGUAUUUGUGUAAACCUUUUCUUGUGCUGUCUGCAACCCUCUUAGCUGUGCCACAAGAGGCGUCACAGGGAAGCAGCGUUGCCAGUGUGCCAAGGGUGGGGUGGUGAAGGCGAGUCCUCGUCAAGAAGAAUAGGUACCUCUCCUCCUUACCUCCCUGUCUGCCUAACACUGGUGCAAGGCCUGACAUCAAUUACUCAGUACAGUCUUGAGAGCUGCAUUGAUUUUUUGUGGUUAAAUAUGCACAACUUUCAAGACUGAGGGAGAUAUUGAUAGUGUUUUCCUGUUCUUCCUUCUGGCUUGUUUACCUAAUCCUCUUGUGGAGCCUUUCUUUCCUUUUGCUUUGAAUUCUGCUGUGAAGUGGUGCAGUUGUCUUAUGUCUGCACAACUAUCUCUCGUGCAUUGCCCCUGCCCCCCUUUGCCUUCUUAAAUAUAUGCCUAAUACUUCCUAGUACAAAUUAAUUUCCAUUGUAUCUUCUUUUUCAUUUAUGGUCCAUCUUCUUCCAUUCUUGGGGUUGGACUUGUGAUGAUCCUCCUCCAUCUCGCUCGAUCCAGUGCUAAAGCUUCCUCUGUUUCUAACACUUCCAUUUUUUCCCUAAUGUCUUUUUAAUAGCACAGGGCAAUGUCACUGAAUGCAACCAAAGAUUCAUCUCCCUUCCUCUUAGUGCCAUCACACUCAUCUUGAAUUUACUCGCAGUUGUUUUAGUACAUAUGUUAAUUAUUUAUCCAUACUGACUUUGUGAAUUAUAGUGAUACAAUAUCUCGUACCAGUGUUAUGUUUUCCCUCUAUAUACUGUACUGCAAUACUUUUCAUUUUGUAAGUGUGUUUCUUUCUCUUUUGCAGGAGCCUUGAGCAUGCUUCUUUAUUCACUUGACCUCAUCCUUCCACCUCCCACGGGAGCUUCUCUUUCCACCUCAGUCAUGGCGUAAUUACUAAAGAAGGAUUUAAAGAUGUGCAGAACAGCUUCAGGUCAGUUUAAAAUUUUCUCUGUCAACACAAUCAAUUCCUCUUGCCCUCUCUGCCUCUCUGGAAUCCUGUUGAUCAUAAGCAUUUACCAGUGUCGUCAGACUCGUUUGGGUGUACUGAAAUUUAUCCAACUUUUCUUGCCAUUAUUUGUGAUGUUUCUGUCCUUUACCUUCUGUUUAGUGAAGGAGGGUGUUCUUAAUAGUGAAGAGGAUUCAAAGGGAUGGGAACCAAAUUAUCAUGAAGCCUUGGAGUGAAUUGUUCUAUUAUGAAACCUACAAUUAAUUAAAAAUUAUCAGUUACAUUUUAUACCCAUUGUCUAUGAACAUCAAUAAUUUCAAUCCCAAGUUUUGUUGUAUUUAGAGAAAAGCAAGUCAUGUACUUAACAGAAAGGAUGUUACUCAAGCCUGGUACUGUACUGUUUGACUUACAAUAGAGAGGGAGAGAAAAGUAAAAAAUAAGUAAUUGGGUACCUUGUUAUUUAUUUUCUCUUUGUUUCUUCAGUGCAGAUGAAUAGCAUUAGUUGAUGCAUGCUCUGACUCUCACAGGUGGAAUUGAUUGUGUAGACUGUGAGGAAUCCAAGGAUAGGCUCUGAACCCUCAUUUGCAUAAACUUAAUGUGAUUCUUAUCCAUAUUGAGAACAUUUUUGUAGUAACUUUGUGGAAGCCAUCGUUUGACCUCAGGCUAAUUUGAUGGUUCUUCAUUUUCUGACAGCAUUUUACUUCAUCAUUAAUCUGUGACACAUGCAAAAACAAAUGAACUAUUAUUAAAAGUUUAUUACUGAUGUCCUUAAGUUAAUUUGAGGGUUCUUCAUUUCUUUACUUUAUCAUUUAUCUGUUGAAUGUUAAACGAAUGGUGAACCGUUAUUAAAGGUUUGUCACUGAUGCCUGACUACAUGGGUAAUAUUGACUGCCGGUAGAAUAUUCACUGUUUCUACGUCACUCCUGUCAGUUCUCUGUUAUGUCUGUUGUUAUCUUGCUGUAACGAAGAGUAAUCUGCAGUCUGAGGAUACACCUAUACAUAUACACCACUCGGAAACCAUGUAGGAGUGUUAUCAGCAGACUGUUUUUGGCAGUAGCAAUAAAGUCAAUCACAUACAUAGGUUACAUAAGUAUCUGCAAGUCUACAUGUACAUACCAGUUUUGUAUAUACAACUCAUGUAGUUAAGAUGCCAUGAGUUUGGAUUCAUUCUGUAUUUGUUUCGUUUCCAUUGGGAGGGAAUACAGGCAGAAAAGAGUAUACGGGGUGUGCCACAAGCAAGGUAACAAAUUAAUACACAUUGUUUUGUUCUUGUUCAUGCACAUCGAUGAAGUUGUUGAUUACUUUCUUAUGGAAUAAGUAAGAAAUGUCAGUUGCAUAGGUGGAAAAGGUUAGUGUUGGUCGUCUCUUGAAAGCAAUAAUGGAAGACACUGGUCAAACAAAUUUUUUAGAAAAGAAUGGUGCCAUAAUUAGGUUGUGAAGUACCCUAAUUUUUUUUAAAGAACUUUAGCUUCUGUAUUUAACAGCAUGAUUGGUUCCCUGGGUGAAGCACAGGGGAGAUGUUUCAGCUGUUUCCUCCUGGCAGUGUGUUGUUAGGUGAAGCUGCCUUCAUCAGUUAGUGUAAAUACAUGAGUCAGGCAAACUGAAAACUACAGUGUUUGUAAAAAUGCUCAUAGUUUUUGCAUCUGUGUAAGCUUUAUGCAAGUAAUUUUCCACUGUAUUAUAUAAUGGUUAUUGAAGAUACACUAAAGUGUUUAUUAUUUAAAGUUUAAAGAAAUGGGGUGAUGAAACACCCAUGGAAGAUGCUUACAUAAUCUUCUUUAAAGGAAGUUUAAAGUUCCUUGAAAGUUGUUAUGAAUGUUGUCUCAUAUAUCUCAUUUUGAUAUAGCCAGUGUAGCAUUGUGCUGAUGUGUAAACAAACAAUUUACACAAACAAAAAUUUUAUAAGUGUUUUAUGAAAGCACUAGAGUGUUAACUUUGCCUGAUUCAUACAAGGAACAAUGAUUAUACAACUUCACGUCAAUGCUUUACUGCGUGGUAUAAACGGGUGUAGCCAUGCAGCCCUGCUUCGUCCGGGGAAAUGUAGACACCAGGAUUGGAUUGACAAUAUAGCUGCUUAAUUUUCAUUGGAAACUUAAUUAGAAUUCCCUUUAUAGGGAAAAGUUUAUUCCAUGAUGUUGUGAGACUAGGAAAUGCUAGAAAGAGGUGUAGCAUAAGUAAAUUAUGUCACAGAAGCAAGAACCAGCCACUUGAAUUGGGAGGUAACAGUGCAGACAGCAAUAAUGUGUUGCACAGGAAGGCAUUCUGUUCAUUGUGUUCAUUUUCCUGGUUAGUCAGAUGUUUUGGAUCAAUUUAGGUACUGGAGCAUCUGCAAUACUCAUUUUUAAUAUUGUAGCUUGCUUUUGAUGUGGCCAGUUAUGAGAAAUGUGUGUGCCAGUAGUCUGGAAAGUCCAUAUGUAUUAUAUUUUAGUAUUUCUACAUCCUGAGGGCUGAAGGGAGCAUAAAGAGUUAGGUCCUCAGUGGGUGACUCAAGUGAUGCAUCAUGGUGACUUGGAAAGGAAAGAAGGUUGUGACGUACAGCAGAUAUUUGUGAUUGUUGGCGUGACUACUUCCUACAUUACCCUGCAUCAAAAUUGUUUGUUUACAAUCAGACUGCUGAAACAUUUCCCUUACAGACGUUUUCUUUGUUCAUGCCUAGCCUUGAGGAUGAGUUAAGUUGUAUUCGUGGAGUAACCAAGUUCAUAACCAUUUUAAACAUCCACAGGAGUGUUAGAAAGAUGAAACUUUGAGGUAUAUUUUGUGGAGUGACCUUAACAUGUGUAGAGUAGGUGACGCAUAAUCAUUACACAGCCCACAGUGUGACGGUAACACUUGUCUGUUAUUCUUUGUUUCUGAAGGCCUUUUUCCUCAAGGCCUCAAUUUGCUGUUUACUUCUCUUUGUCAGGCUGCACAUUACUCUUCCAUUUCGUUUAUGGUUUGCUAUACCCUCUCAUUUUAAUUCCUUUAUAUCCUUUCAACAUAUUUUUCCAAUUGUUUCUUACUCCUUGUUUCUGAUGGUCAUCCUCUUGACUUUUCCAUGGCAGGCUACACAUUACCCUCCAUCUCAUUCGUGGUUUGCUGGAUCCUUUCCUUUCCUUUCUUUUAUAUCAGGUAACUCCUCUCAACAUGUUCCUCUUCCCUUCAGGUGGCACAUACUUUAGUCCUGCUUGUGUUUCCUUUGGCUUUUCAUCAACCAUAGUGUAUGUGUUAUAUUGAGAUUAAUAAACCCAUGAUCCCCCGAGGUGACACGUUAUUGGGUGACUUUGAGGAUAGUGGGCUUGUGUUCCGUAGACAGGGAUAGGUUUUGUUAUUUUACUGGUAACAUACUCACAAGUGGUGACAUGUUUCAUACUGACAGAUUGUGUUCAUAACUGCCUAUGUGUUCCCUGACAAUUAUAUAUAUGAGUGCUUUAGCGAAUUAUUAUCAUGUUGUUAUGUUUAUUAUUAUUAUUAUAUGGGAAAGAUGUAUUAUGGAUGUAGGUUCUUUAAAAGGCAGCAGUGCAAAUUUUCCCUUGUGUAAUUUGUUCAUUAGCGACCAUCAUUUUCAUUUGCUGUAUUUCCUGUAUUUGUGACUUAGAGGUGAGGUGCGGUGUGGAAGGUGGACUGAGCGCCUCCGGGUGGAAUUUAGGCCAUGCGAAUGUGUAAAUAAUGAUGAAUCCAUGUGGCCGUGAGUGGUGGCCGGGGUUGGUGAGUGUGUGUGUGUGUAGCUGCUAACUUGUCUUUAGGGCCUGUCCUGGGGCCAGAUUCAUCAAGCUACUUACAAGACCUGUCGUUGGUAAGUCUUCCGGUAAAUCUGUCCUCUACUAACGAUCCUUGUGUUUGCGCAGCUCUGAUGACAAUGAAUGAAGUGCUGGCCUGGUCGUCACUCCAUUCAUUGCCAUUGGAGUCACCUAAAGAUCAAGAGCUUUCAUAGUGGAUGGAGUUACCAGAAGACUUACCAACAACAGGAGUUACCAGAAGACUUACCAACAAUAGAUCUCAUAAGUGGCUUGAUGAAUCUGGCUCCUGCAGUUCAACACAGUGAGUUUGUGAGCUCCCAAACCAAAUACCAAAGACUACAAAAAUUUCUAGUGUAGUGUUCAAUGGUUACUAAAAAAGAGUGAGUUAACUAUACAGAUCUCCUUAGUACCUGGUGCCUAGUAGAAAAUCUUGCCAUUAUAAAGAGUAUAGGAAUGUAUAGUUUCGUUUGAGAGCUUACAAUGAUGCUGUGAUGUACGGUUAGUAAAAUAAGUAUUGAACAUCCAUGGGUUGAUUGAAUAGAAUUUGAGUUGAAUCUAUAGUGUUGUUUUGGUUAGGUAGUCCAAUGCCUAGAGUCUACUUAUUAGCAUCCAACUAACCAACACAACACCAUGGCUAUAGAUGAUGCUUAAAUCCUACUCAACUGACUCAUGGGUGUUUGAUACUUUUUUGCUGAGUGUUCAGUGCAACUGGCCCCUUGUGUCUGGGUAUGAAGUUUCAGUGGAUGGGAAGACACACACAAAAGCCACAAUCUCGCAGCCUCAUACAAUCGGGCUGACUUAGAGCUGACCUUAUGCUUAAAUCAGUUAAAUUAUACAUGGUGAAAUUAGCCCUCUGUAUCAGUACAGCUAAAGUGGAUAUGAAGCUACAGUGGAGGGGAAGACACAUGGAAAAGCCAGUGUUGCAUCCUCCAACAAUCGGUCCUACUUAAAAGUGAUCCUGGACUUAAAUCAGUGAAAUUAUAAAGUAUUGCUCUUCGCUGUGUGUGUGUUCCCCAGGUGAAAAAUGCAUGGCUAUCAAAUAGGAUAAAAAGCCAUGCAAGGAUAUGACACCCUGGCAUGCUGAAGGGCUUUGAUAUUAGUGUGUGUGGUGUACAGUGAUGCGGGUACAAGUGUUUCCGAGGAAGUGACGUGGAUUGAAGUGCAUCCGUUGUUUUGGCAUGGCAUAAGUCGGAGUGUGACUUGCAAAAUGGCAUGGAUAUAUUUUACAUUGUGUGUGUGUGUGUGUGUGUGUGUGUGUGUGUGCCAGUGUCUGUGAAGCUGUGUGUGCCACCUCUAGUGUGCUGCUGAUGAUAAUGAUUUUUGGUUUGAAGAACAGCCGGAAAUACAGCUUCUGAGUCCUGUCGGGCGGUGUUCGAACUAUAUCUUGGUAGACCUAUAACUUACGAGGCCAGACUUUUAACAUAACAGGUCUAGCGUAUAAGACCUGUAACUUAUAAGGCCUAUAACUUGUUUAGCUUAUGAUUUGUGAGGCCUGUAAUUUGUAGGACUUUCUUCAGCAGGCUAGGUCUAUACUAAACUGCUAGGCCUAUACCCCAUGAGGCCUAUAACUUGUGUUGGAGUGUAAUACUAUGUGAAGCUAGACUCCCUGGACUCAAGGAUCAUAGUUGUUGAAAGACCACAAGAUGUAUUAGGAAUUUCAGGAGACUGGAAUGUUAUAUGUAUUUUUAUGCAGCUCUUCAAAUGUUCUGUGAAUAUCUGAAGAGUUGAUAGAAGUCUUAUGAGAGCCAAUUUUUGCUGUCUCAAACAUUAUAAAACUGAAACCUUUACCA